AUGACGGUUCUCUCAAAAUUGGGUUACGAGGCGACUCGUGUACCCUUCCGACAAACGGUGCCCUGUUUUGCCGGUUUAGCCGUGAUCGCCUCGAUUUGGAGAUUCUAUGGAAAAUCGGCCUCUAGAAAUAAAAAACGAGCUGUGGUGACGAAGAGCGGAAAAACGGGCAAUGGCGACAAAGCACAUGUGAAUGGAGAGUUCAUUCGUCGACUUCGCUCAAUACUCAAGAUUUUAUUGCCGAGAUUUUUCUGUGCUGAGACGUUCUACCUUGUUUUAAUUGCCAUCACUUUAUUGUGCCGAACGUACGCCGAUGUGUGGAUGAUCACAACCUCGACGAAGAUCGAAGCCUCGAUCAUCGAACGAGAUGUGCCCGAGUUCGCUCGUGGUGUCCUUCACUAUUUCUUCGCAAUGCCUGCGAUUUCCGUUGUGAACGCUUUACUGAAAUUUUCCCUUUCAGAAUUGAAGCUCCGUUUUCGACAACGAUUGACGAAUCAUUUAUAUCAAAAAUAUCUCAAAGGCUUCACUUUCUAUAAAAUGUCAAAUUUGGAUAACCGAAUCGCGAACGCUGAUCAAUUAUUGACUCAAGAUCUCGAGAAGUUCUGCGAGGGAUUAGUCGAACUCUACAGUAAUGUUUCGAAGCCACUUGUCGAUGUUGCUUUGUAUGUGGCGAGAUUGGGCGGAGCGCUGGGAUGGCAAGCACCCGGAAUGCUCGGAUUCUAUCUUCUUGCCUCGGGCAUUUUCCUCACGAAUCUCAGGAAACCGAUUGGCCGUCUCACCGUUGAGGAGCAAUCGCUCGAGGGAGAAUUCCGUUUUGUAAACUCGCGUCUCAUCAUGAAUAGUGAAGAGAUUGCUUUCUAUCAGGGACAAGAGCGCGAAAAAACAACGAUUCUUUCAUCUUUUGACAACCUUGUCACUCAUCUAAGAAAAGUGAUCCUUUUCCGAUUCAACAUUGGAUUCAUUGAUAACAUUGUUGCGAAAUAUUUUGCUACUGUUGUUGGAUGGUUCGCCGUUUCCCGGGCUUUCUUUAACAAAAACGAUCAGAGAAUGAUGGGGAAAAGCAAAAAUGAGCUCAUUCAGGACUAUUACAACUCGGGGCGAAUGAUGUUCCGUUUGGCGGAAGCGCUAGGAAGAUUGGCGUUAGCGGGAAGAGAAAUGACACGAUUGGCUGGGUUCACUUCUCGAGUUGAUGGACUUAUCAAUGUGUUGGAUGAUUUGGAGAAGGGUUCCUACAAAAGAACGAUGAUCUCCGAGUCAAAACUCUCAUCUCCACACCUACCCACUCUCGAUACUCCACUUGUGCCUGGAUCUGGUGAAUUGAUCAUCCGGGACAAUGUGAUCCGUUUUCAAGGAGUCCCCUUGGUGACCCCGAAUGGAGAUGUGCUCGUUAGAUCGCUUGACCUUGAGGUGCCUUCUGGAAGAAAUGUGCUCGUUUGUGGGCCGAAUGGCUGUGGAAAGAGCUCUCUAUUCCGUGUUUUGGGCGAAUUGUGGCCAUUGUUUGGAGGGAAAUUGACGAAACCGGCAAAGGGAAAUCUUUUUUAUGUGCCACAGAGACCGUAUAUGACUUUGGGUACGCUGAGAGAUCAAGUGAUCUAUCCGGAUAAACCGUUUGAUAUGAUUAGAAAGGGAGUGACUGAUGAGGAUUUGGAGAUGAUGCUUGAACACGUGCAAUUGGGACACAUUUUGAGUAGAGAAGGAGGAUGGGAAACUGUGCAGGAUUGGAUGGAUGUGCUGUCGGGAGGAGAGAAACAGAGAAUUGCGAUGGCUCGUCUUUUCUAUCAUCGACCGCAGUUCGCGAUCCUCGAUGAGUGCACAUCGGCUGUCUCUGUUGAUGUUGAAGGUGCCAUGUAUAAAUUGUGUCGCGAGAAGAACAUCACCCUGUUCACCGUUUCUCACCGAAAAUCGUUAUGGGUCCACCACGAGUACUACUUGCAUAUGGACGGAAAUGGUGGCUACGAGUUCAAGAAAAUCGAGGACGGUACCAAUCAGUUUGGAUCG